CUUUCACAAGACCAAGUGACAUUUUGCGGGCCGUUUAGUUGUGCGUUAAUAUUUUACAAAACCUAAGUUUCCGUUUAUUGUUUUCCUUUUUUUCUGUGCGGUGUUUGUGCUGGUUUAUUUGCAUUUUGAAAUUGUUAAUGAACUCAAUUAUAUAUUUGGGUGCUCCGGAGAGUUCGCAUUGCAAUUAAGUUUGGCCGGCCGCAUCUUUAUUUUAUUAUAUUUCAGAAAAAUAAAUAUGCAGUUCACCACCAGGAGCCGUUUGUUAUUGUCGAUGGCCGUGCUAUCGGUAACGCUAUCGUUAUCGAUGGGCUAUCCCGCUCCCCAGCAAAUCAAUUCCGAGCUGGAGGCCACUUUUCAGGAUACCAGCGAUCCCGACUUGAAUCCCAUCAAUGCAGAGGAGGUGUUAGGUGUCCAGGAGCGCAACAAAAGAAAACUGCCCGAUGCCACAUUCGAGGCUAAAAACGCAGUACUUGGCUUUGUCUUUGGCAAAAUCGACAACUUCCUGGACACGAAGACGAGGGUAAUCGAGCAGCUGGACCGUUCGAAUAUCGAGAAGAACAAGCAGUGGGACAUCAAGUCGCCGGUGCCCAUCAAGGAUUUCCAGACUCUGAUCACCGCCGUCGUCUCGCCGAAGAUCCGUUCGAUUGGCAACAUUGCUAACGACUUGACCACCGGUGUCCUGACCACAAUUACCGCCUUCAGCGGCUCCUCGUCGGGCGGUGGAAAUGCCAAUGCCGGCCUGGGAAAUGUGGUGUCCAAGUUCCUCAGCUUCUCGGGUCCAAUUCUGCAGGGAUCCUCCGGCGGAGUGAACGGAAUUGCCGGCGUAACGACACCAGCCCCGGAUUCGGAUGAGGCGGGCUACUAGGAGGAAUAACCCCCAACGAUCCAAGGCCAACUAAUGAGAGCUGUAAUUUAUCGUUGAACCCUUCUUUUAUUUUCUCCCCUCACACCCAUCAGAAUCUUUGUUUGAGUUUGUAGCCCAAAACUUCCCUCCCACUCACCCGAAUCGUCGUUUCUUAUUUUUUUUUUGUUUACACCCUAGUUAAGUUUCAUGUUUGUAAAUAUUCGGCAUAAACAAAUAUAUACAUACCUAUAUAUCGAUAGAGAAAUCCACGACUCCACAAAAGCGAAUAAAACCGAAAACAGAAAACCAAC